AAAAAAAAAGAUGUGGGAGGUAAAUGAAAAAAUUUUCAAUUAGAGAAAAGUAGGGGGAAUGAGAAAUGACUGCUGGUAGGUACAGGGUUUCUUUUUGGAGUGAUGAAAAUGUUCUAGAAUUAGUGAUGAUUAUAAAACCUUUAUGAAUACACUAAAAGCCCUAAAUUGUUUACUUUAAAAGAAUGAAUCUUAUGGUCUGUGAAUUUUGUCUCAAUUUUUUAAAAAGAUAGGCAAAAAGUUUUAAAAUAAUUAUUGAAUAUGGGGAAUGGGUAUUGAGAGUUUUACUAUGCUCUACUUUUGUGUAUGUUUGGAACCACAUAUGUUGAAAAAUUUGUUUUUCUUCUAUUUAUAUUCUUUUAAUUUAGAAAUUUUUCUCAAGAAGGCACUGAAACAUGUGUUGAGUGACCUGUCAACCAAGCUUUCUUCAAAUGCCCUUGUGUUCAGAAUUUGCCACAGUUCAGUGUAUAUAUGGCCUAGCAGUGACAUAAACACCAUUCCUGGAGAACUGACUGAUGCUUCUGCUUGUAAGAACAUACUGCGCUUUAUUCAAUUUGAGCCGGAAGAAGAUAUAAAACGAAAAUUCAUGAGAAAGAAGGACAAAAAGUUAUCUGACAUGCAUCAAAUAGUAAAUAUAGAUCUUAUGCUGGAAAUGUCAACCUCCCUGGCAGCUGUAACGCCCAUCAUUGAAAGGGAAAGCGGAGGACACCAUUAUGUUAAUAUGACUUUACCUGUCGAUGCAGUUAUAUCUGUUGCUCCAGAAGAAACAUGGGGAAAAGUUCGUAAACUCCUAGUUGAUGCAAUUCAUAAUCAACUAACUGACAUGGAAAAAUGUAUUUUGAAAUAUAUGAAAGGAACAUCUAUUGUGGUCCCUGAACCACUGCACUUUUUAUUACCAGGGAAAAAAAAUCUUGUAACAAUUUCAUAUCCUUCAGGAAUACCAGAUGGCCAGCUGCAGGCCUAUAGGAAGGAGUUACAUGAUCUCUUCAAUUUGCCUCAUGACAGACCCUAUUUCAAAAGGUCUAAUGCUUAUCACUUUCCAGAUGAGCCAUACAAAGAUGGUUACAUUAGAAAUCCACAUACUUAUCUUAAUCCACCUAACAUGGAGACUGGUAUGAUUUAUGUGGUCCAGGGCAUAUAUGGCUAUCAUCAUUAUAUGCAGGAUCGGAUAGAUGACAAUGGAUGGGGCUGUGCUUAUCGAUCUCUGCAGACUAUCUGCUCUUGGUUCAAACAUCAGGGAUACACAGAGAGGUCCAUUCCAACACACAGAGAAAUUCAGCAGGCUCUAGUCGAUGCCGGUGACAAACCAGCAACAUUUGUCGGAUCACGGCAAUGGAUUGGAUCUAUUGAGGUACAGCUGGUACUAAACCAAUUGAUUGGUAUAACUUCAAAAAUACUGUUUGUCAGCCAAGGUUCAGAAAUUGCCUCUCAAGGACGGGAACUGGCUAAUCAUUUCCAAAGUGAGGGAACUCCAGUUAUGAUCGGGGGAGGAGUUUUGGCCCACACAAUACUAGGAGUUGCAUGGAAUGAGAUUACAGGGCAGAUAAAGUUUCUGAUUCUAGAUCCACAUUAUACCGGUGCUGAAGACCUGCAAGUUAUUUUGGAAAAGGGCUGGUGUGGAUGGAAGGGCCCAGACUUUUGGAACAAGGAUGCAUACUAUAACUUAUGUCUUCCUCAGCGACCAAAUAUGAUUUAAAAUAUCUUGGACUCAAAGACUGCAGUAGAGUAGUAUUAUAAAUUUGUGAAUAAAGAAUCAGUUUAAUUUUUCACAUUAAA